UAUCGUCUGUCUCGUUGUGUCAUUUGGAAGAAUAAAAAAAAUUGCACGGCAGCGCAUUUUCACUGGAAAAUCAAUCGGGAAAACAUUUUUUACGGUAGAAAUUUGUAAACGAUUUGCGAUACAAACUGUGCGAAAGCAUUUAAUCUAACUUUAAACAGUUCAACCAAGUUACGGACUAUUUGGUAUUUCGUGCGGUGAAAAAAAAAACCUAUUUUCCGUACAACUGUGUGUGUGAGAAAAGAAAAAUGGCAGCAAGCGACAAAUCUGUCGAUGAUUCUCUUUAUCCCAUUGCGGUAUUAAUUGAUGAAUUGAAAAAUGAGGAUGUACAGUUGCGUUUGAACUCAAUCAAGAAGCUGUCAACGAUUGCACUCGCAUUGGGCGAGGAACGCACUCGCUCCGAGCUGAUACCGUUCCUAACUGAGACAAUAUACGAUGAGGAUGAGGUGCUCUUAGCAUUAGCUGAUCAAUUGGGCAAUUUCACAAGUCUUGUGGGUGGUCCGGAAUAUGCCAUGUAUUUGCUGCCUCCGCUGGAGAGCCUGGCCACUGUGGAGGAGACCGUGGUGCGCGACAAGGCUGUGGAAUCUUUGCGCACCGUUGCCGCCGAGCAUAGUGCCCUGGAUUUGGAAAUUCAUGUGGUGCCGACGCUACAGCGCCUCGUCUCCGGCGAUUGGUUCACCUCGCGCACUUCCGCCUGCGGUCUCUUCUCCGUCUGUUAUCCACGGGUCACACAGCCGGUCAAAGCGGAGCUGCGUGCCAAUUUCCGUAAAUUGUGCCAGGACGAGACGCCUAUGGUGCGACGCGCCGCGGCCAAUAAGUUGGGCGAGUUCGCCAAGGUCGUGGAGACGGAGUAUCUCAAAUCAGACUUGAUACCCAACUUUGUGCAGUUGGCGCAGGACGAUCAGGACUCUGUGCGACUGUUGGCCGUGGAGGCUUGUGUGAGCAUUGCACAACUGCUGCCUCAGGAUGAUGUGGAACAUUUGGUGUUGCCCACGUUACGUCAAUGUGCCAGCGAUUCGUCUUGGCGUGUUCGAUACAUGGUUGCCGAGAAAUUUGUUGACUUACAGAAAGCCGUGGGUCCGGAAAUAACUCGUGUCGAUCUGGUGCCCGCCUUCCAAUAUCUGCUUAAGGAUGCCGAGGCGGAGGUGCGUGCUGCCGUUGCUACUAAAGUGAAGGACUUUUGCGCCAGCCUUGACAAGGCCAAUCAGGUUCAGAUUAUCUUGAGCUCUAUUUUGCCGUAUGUACGCGACCUCGUCUCGGAUCCCAAUCCACAUGUCAAGUCUGCGCUGGCCUCUGUCAUCAUGGGUCUCAGUCCCAUGCUGGGCGCCUAUCAAACUGUCGAACAGCUGCUGCCACUGUUCCUCAUUCAGUUGAAGGAUGAGUGCCCCGAAGUUCGUCUCAAUAUUAUCUCCAACUUGGAUUGCGUCAACGAUGUCAUUGGCAUCCAACAGCUAAGUCAGUCCCUACUGCCCGCCAUUGUGGAACUGGCUGAGGAUUCCAAGUGGCGCGUGCGCCUAGCCAUCAUUGAGUACAUGCCCGCGUUGGCUGGUCAGCUGGGUCAGGAUUUCUUUGACCAGAAGCUGCGCGGUCUGUGCAUGGGCUGGCUCAAUGAUCACGUCUAUGCCAUACGCGAGGCGGCCACUUUGAAUAUGAAGAAACUUGUCGAACAGUUCGGCGCACCUUGGGCCGAGCAGGCCAUAAUUCCAAUGAUAUUAGUCAUGUCACGCAACAAAAACUAUUUGCACAGAAUGACCUGUCUGUUCUGUCUUAAUGUUUUGGCUGAGGUGUGUGGCACGGAUAUAACCACAAAACUGUUGCUACCCACUGUGCUGCUGCUUGCCACUGAUCCAGUUGCCAACGUGCGUUUCAAUGUGGCCAAAACAUUACAGAAGAUAUCACCCUUCCUCGAGGCGAGCGUCAUUGAUGCGCAAGUGAAGCCCACGCUUGACAAACUGAAUGCUGAUGCCGAUGUCGAUGUGAAACAUUUUGCUGCACAAGCGAUUGCGGGCAUAGCAGCCGAAAUGGAACUAAAUGUGUUUAGAACCGCUGUGCCGCCCUGCAUGGGUGCGAAGCUUGAGGCGGCCAUGGACUCCAAGCUGAUCGUUGAGCCGCCACCAAUUUCAGCGGCAGCUGAGACUGGUGGCGUGCUGCUCGAACUAAAUGCUAAAACGGAGAACAGCUCCAGUGCGGAGGGGGAUGAGCAGCAGAAGAGUGUUUCGGAAUCAACACUUAAAAACGGAAACUUGUAGUUAAAAUCCCUUGAGAAGAAACACACCACAUGAGCAGAACUGGAGGAGUCCUGCAAGAGAUCACAGCACCUCAACAAGUAAACCCGAACGGAACAGCCUACAUAUUUAACAUUUUCAAAAUGCAUAAGUCGAGCGAGCGAAGGAAGAUGAAUAAAGAGUAAAGAGCCACAGAAACGCGACACAAGAGAAUAUAUUACUUACAUACUUAUAAAAUACAUAAUUUACCAUAUAAGCUUAAAUUCAUUAUUAAAACAAAUAAAUGUGUAGACUUUGGCAAAAUGUAUUGGUUAAACGCAUCUGAAUGCAAAAUAAAAAUUAUUGUAAAAGUA